UCUUUCUCCGAUCAAAAAAACCCUCCUGGAAAUUCUCUUCACCAUUGUCUACAUAAUCAUCAACGAUCACUCUCGAUCGCUAGUCUCUCGAGCUCAGACCACAAAAGAAAACGAAAAGGAAACAAAAGGGGACGAUGUCGGACCCUAACCGGAUACCGAUUAUCUCUGCACACCCGCCGGAGAAGGUGCAGAAGCCUGUGAAGCCCCACCACACGCCGCGGUAUUACGUGCACCGCGUCAAAGAGAGCCUCGCCACCCGGGUCUCCAAGAUCGUGUGUGCCAUUUUCUUGACCCUCCUCCUCAUCCUAGGCAUCAUCACGUUCAUCCUGUGGCUGAGCCUCCGCCCGCACAGGCCCCGGGUCUUCAUCCACGACUUCUCGGUCCCGGGCCUGAGCCAAGCGAACGGGUUCGAGAACGCGGAGCUAGGGUUCAACAUCACGCUCCGGAACUCGAACCAGCACAUCUCGAUCGACUACGAUGCAUUGGACGGAUCGGUUUUUUACAAGGAUCAAAAGAUCGGGUCGAAGUCGUUGUUUCCGGGGGUACAUCAGGACCCCAAGACCACAACGACUGUUACCGACGUGUUGAGUGGGGCCACGUUGACCGUGACGAGUCAGCGCUGGAUGGAGUUCUUGGGCGAUCGUGCGGCGGGGAGCGUGACGUUCCGGAUGGAACUGACGUCGGCCAUCCGAUUCAAGGUGUCGACGUGGGAGAGCAAGCGCCAUCGGAUGCACGCCAGCUGUACGGUGGCUGUGGGACCCAAUGGGAACAUCUUGCUUGCUUCCAAGGACAAGAGAUGCCCGGUUUAUUUCACUUGAUUGGCUCUUGCUAGCUUUUCUUCCAAGUCAUAAUUGGGUUCGCUGCCUCAUUUGAUAAUUCAUUGGUAACUUUGUAAUUGAGUUUUUCUGAUUAAGAAGCAUAUGUACAAUUUGUGUAUCAUUUCUUUUCGUGAAUCUAUGAGGGAAUUUGUCUUUGCAAUUAUUCAAUAU